UGUUGGAGAAGUCAUUGGGUCUUGCAUUUCGUGCUGCGGGACAAAUCUGAAUCUCUUUAAGAUUUGUAUAAUCACUUAAAAACAUCUUUGUACAUAAUGAAAGUAGCACCCCUGCUGGAGACAGAAGAUAGCUUUGCACCCGUUUCAGAAAUAAAAGUGAUGGUCUCCUAAUCGAACGGGAGUCUCUGCGUAAGAAGGAGGAAUGACGUCGGAAACUCAUUCAGGGCCACAGACUGUGUGGUGACUCAGACCAAUAAAGCUGUGAGGCUCUAUGACUCCCUGAAGGAUAAGAACCAUGCUGUGCUGGGGGUAUUGGUCUCUGGGCCAACCAGGCCUCAGCUCCAACCUGCGCCCCGGCGGAAUCGUAGCCGAACCCCAGGUCUGCCGCUUCAUAUCCGACAGAACCAUCAAGGAAGUGGCAUGUGGUGGAAACCACUCAGUGUUCCUGCUGGAGGGCGGAGAGGUUUACACGUGCGGCGUCAACACCAAGGGGCAGCUUGGCCACGAGAGGGAAGGCAACAAGCCAGAACAAAUUGGAGCAUUGGCCGAUCAGCACAUCAUACAUGUGGCAUGUGGAGAGUCCCACAGUUUGGCUCUUAGUGACCAGGGCCAGCUGUUUUCUUGGGGUGCAGGAAGUGAUGGCCAACUGGGACUCAUGACUACUGAGGAUUCUGUGGCAGUGCCCAGGUUAAUACAGAAGCUGAACCAGCAGACCAUAUUACAAGUUUCCUGUGGCAACUGGCACUGCCUGGCCCUGGCAGCUGAUGGCCAGUUCUUCACAUGGGGCAAGAACAGCCACGGACAGCUGGGCCUGGGGAAGGAGUUCCCUUCUCAGACCAGCCCACAGAGGGUGAGGGCUUUGGAAGGGAUCCCGCUGGCUCAGGUGGCUGCAGGAGGGGCCCACAGCUUUGCCCUGUCUCUGUCAGGAGCUGUUUUUGGCUGGGGAAUGAACAAUGCGGGGCAGCUCGGACUCAGUGAUGAAAAAGAUCGAGAGUCUCCGUGCCAUGUGAAGCUUUUACGAACACAGAAAGUCGUCUACAUUAGUUGUGGAGAGGAGCACACAGCGGUUCUCACAAAGAGUGGAGGCGUGUUUACCUUCGGUGCUGGUUCCUGUGGACAGCUUGGACAUAACUCCAUGAAUGAUGAAGUUAACCCACGAAGAGUUCUGGAGCUGAUGGGCAGCGAAGUAACUCAGAUUGCUUGUGGCCGACAGCACACCCUAGCCUUUGUGCCUUCUUCCGGACUCAUCUAUGCGUUUGGUUGUGGAGCUAGAGGUCAGCUAGGAACCGGACACACGUGUAACGUUAAGUCCCCAUCUCCAGUGAAGGGGUACUGGGCUGCCCACAGUAGUCAGCUUUCAGCUACGGCCGAUCGCUUUAAGUAUCGUGUCGUUAAGCAGAUCUUCUCUGGGGGGGACCAGACGUUUGUGCUUUUCUCCACGUAUGAGAAUUCUUCUCCUGCUGUUGACUUCAGGACUGUGAAUCAAGCAUGUUAUACCAAGUUGAUAAAUGAGGAAACCAUAGCAAUUUGGAGACAAAAACUCUCAGAACACAACAACGCAAACACAGUCAAUGGUGUUGUUCAGAUACUGUCUUCUGCAGCUUGUUGGAAUGGAAGCUUUCUGGAAAAAAAAAUUGAUGAACAUUUUAAAACCAGCUCCAGAUUCCCUGGGAUUGACCUGAACUCAACUAGGGUUUUAUUUGAGAAGUUAAUGCACUCUCAGCACUCCAUGAUUCUAGAACAGAUAUUAAACAGCUUUGAAAGUUGCCUCAUUCCCCAGUUGUCAAGUUCACCCCCAGAUGUUGAAGCUAUGAGAAUCUAUUUAAUACUGCCAGAGUUUCCCCUGCUUCAGGAUUCUAAGUACUACAUCACGCUGACUAUUCCCCUGGCGAUGGCCAUUCUGCGUCUGGAUAUAAACCCUAGCAAAGUAUUAGAUAACUGGUGGUCUCAGUCAUGCCCGAAAUAUUUCCUGAAGCUGAUAAACCUCUAUAAAGAUGCGGUCCUUUAUCUCCUAAAGGGAAGGAAGACGUUCCUCAUCCCUGUACUGUUUAACAAUUACGUGACUGCGGCUCUCAAACUUCUGAAGAAACUGUACAGGGUCAAUCUGAGAGUGAAGCAUGUGGAAUACGAUGCGUUUUAUAUUCCCGAGAUCUCUAGUCUUGUGGACAUUCAGGAAGACUACCUCCUGUGGUUUCUGCAUCAAGCGGGGAUGAAGAACAGAGCGUCUAUCAUACAGGAUACUGUAACCCUUUGCGCCUACCCUUUCGUCUUCGAUGCGCAAGCCAAAACCAAAAUGCUUCAGACCGAUGCGGAGUUACAGAUGCAGGUGGCAGUCAAUGGAGCCAACCUGCAGAAUGUCUUCAUGCUUCUCACCCUGGAGCCUCUGCUGGCCAGAAGCCCCUUCCUGGUCCUUCAUGUCCGCAGGAACCACCUUGUUGGAGAUGCUCUGAGAGAGCUGAGCAUUCAUUCUGACAUUGACCUGAAGAAACCUCUCAAAGUGGUCUUUGAUGGGGAAGAAGCAGUCGAUGCUGGUGGUGUUACAAAGGAGUUCUUUCUUUUGCUGUUAAAAGAACUUUUGAAUCCCAUCUAUGGGAUGUUUACCUACUAUCAAGAAUCACAUCUCUUGUGGUUUUCAGAUACAUGUUUUGUAGAGCGCAACUGGUUUCACUUGAUUGGCAUAACAUGUGGACUAGCUAUCUACAACUCCACUGUGGUUGAUCUCCACUUCCCAUUGGCUCUCUACAAGAAGUUGCUGAAUGUAAAACCUGGCUUGGAAGAUUUAAAGGAGCUGUCACCAGCUGAAGGAAGGAGUCUUCAAGAGCUUCUGGAUUACCCGGGGGAAGAUGUGGAGGAGACUUUCUGCCUCAACUUCACGGUGUGCCGGGAAAGCUACGGGGUGAUCAAACAGAAGAAGCUGAUACCCGGGGGAGACAGAGUUGCCGUGCGCAAGGACAACAGGCAAGAAUUCGUGGAUGCGUAUGUGAAUUAUGUGUUCCACGUCUCCAUUCACGAGUGGUACACAGCCUUUUCCAGUGGCUUCCUAAAGGUGUGUGGGGGCAAAGUCCUGGAGCUCUUCCAGCCUGCGGAGCUGAGGGCCAUGAUGGUGGGGAACAGUAACUACAACUGGGAAGAACUGGAAGAGACUGCCGUCUACCGAGGUGAUUAUUCAGGCACGCAUCCCACUGUGAAACUAUUUUGGGAAACAUUCCAUGAGUUCCCACUAGAGAAGAAGAAAAAGUUUCUCUUGUUCUUGACAGGCAGUGACCGGAUUCCCAUCUACGGCAUGGCCAGCCUGCAGAUUAUCAUCCAGUCCACAACCACUGGGGAGGAGUACUUACCUGUGGCCCACACCUGCUACAACCUUCUUGACCUCCCUAAAUAUAGCAGCAAAGAGAUUAUGAAGGCUCGGCUGACCCAGGCCCUUGACAAUUAUGAGGGUUUCAGUUUGGCCUAAGGUUCCCCAGCUUACCCAAGACACCCUUCCCUUUCUCAGUGGCCACAUUGCAGCUGGUACAAAAUAUCAUGGGGAGUGAUUUCUAUUUUUUUAUUGUCUAAUGGAUUGAGACUUUUGAAUCCUAAAUCCCAGUCAAUAUGUUUCUGGGGUUCAGUAGUAAAUAGUCUUUUUGAAAAAUCAGAGAUUGGGGAUUGGCCAAAACAUUGGCUUUAGUAUGGGAGGUGAAUUGGAUUUUGUUUUGUCUUUUUUGUUUUAAACCAAGGUACCUAAUGUUCCUUCGUCUGUGAAUGUGUUGUGAUCUGCUGGAUUAAAUGGCAGUAGGUUUUUAAGCUUUUGUUUCCCAAAUGUGACUCAACCCUGAUGUUUCUUCUCCAUGAUUCCCUGCUCUUUUCCUAGCUUCUCUCUCCUCUGCAGAGAUGGCGGACUGGCAUAACCCUUCCUGCCUGCCAUGCAGAGCAUUCCCUUUCUCUGCAGCUUUGGAAAUGCAUGGCUUCUUGCAGCCCACUCCAACCCACAGACGGAAUAGGCUUCUUCAGAACUUCCAACCAAAGCGCUGAGUCUGGGUCCAUUACUUGUCAUAGCUCUCCAGACUAUAUGGGAGCCUUUGUGAACACACCCCGCUUAAAGAAAAUAGGUCAUGAAGGAAUAGCAGCCUUCUGUGACUGCCCACUGCCUAGGCCUCCCGAAAGGCACAUACAACAGCCUCAGGUUGCAGGUGGGCUGCAUGUGUAUUGUUAGCCAUCACACCUGGAUAGACAAUGAAUUAGUAGACCCCUUUACCUUGCUUUUGAAGCAAGUUGCAUUUUCUUGUCUACAUAUUGCCCAAGAAUGGUAUAAUUAGUAAACUUCUGUACCUUUCUUUAUUACUUUAUAUUUAUUACUUCCUCUUUCUUGCAUUUCUUUCCUGUGUUUCCCAUCCCUUCCUUUCCUCUGCUCUCUUAUUCUUCCUUGUCUUUCCUACUUAAAUCGGUUCCCCUCUAGUGGAUGCAUGCUGUCUUUCUUAUUUUAAAUUUUGUAAGAUUUUUUUUUUAACCUCUGUCUCUAACUGUUAAAAUAUGAAGACAUUCUUUAUGGUAGAGUUUUUGUUUAUCACAUUUGAAAUGUUCACUUCAGUGUAAAUGUUCAUACAUGUGUCUCAAAAAUUAUGUGUUUAACCGCUUAUCAUUGGAUAAAAAAUUCUACAUGAUCAAAGAACUCAUGUAAUUCUAAUUUUAAAUAUGUGGUAGCUAGAGAAAAGAUUUAUUUAUAUAAAAUGAAGUACAUAUAGAUUGUGAUGCAGCAUUGAGUCUUGAUGGAAGGAAUGUAGAUUUUAGCUUUUUUCUUUUUGUUUUUAAAAGUUAUUCCAAUUGCUAAAUUGGUAGUUUUUCAGUCCUUAUAAAUACAUUUAAAAAAGAUACACAACUAUAUGAAAUGUUUAUUUUCUAUGUGUGUGCAUAUAGUUCAAUAUUAUCCAAUAAAUUUGGUGUUUUAACUUAAAA